UGUGAUCAGCUGCGUACUCUAACCGCUUUGCAUUUCCCUCCAACAACCCAACAAAUCACCAACGGAGCUCGGAGCGAGAAUCGACACAAUGCCAGGACCGGCGGCGGCGGUGACGGAGGAUCGGCGUGUGUGCGUCACCGGCGGCAACGGCUUCAUUGGCAGUUGGCUGGUCCGCGUCCUCCUCGAGAAGGGUUACGCCGUCACCGCCACCAUCCAGUCCGGCACCGACGCCGCCCACCUCCGCUCCCUCCCCAGCGGUGGCGACACCUCGCGCCUCCUCCUCCGCGAGGCCGACCUCCUCGACGCCUCCGCCCUCGCCGCCGCCGUCGCUGGCUGCCGCGCCGGUGUCUUCCAUGUGGCGUCCCCCUGCACCCUCGAGGACCCGGCGGACCCUCACCGGGAGAUCGUUCUGCCGGCGGUGCAGGGGACGCUCAACGUCCUGGAGGCGGCGCGUGCGGCCGGAGCUCGGCGGGUGGUGGUCACCUCCUCGAUCUCCGCCAUGGUGCCCAAUCCCCGCUGGGCCCGGGACCAUCCGGGGCGGCCGGUCGACGAGGAGUGCUGGACCGAUCUCGAUUACUGUAAGGCUCACAAGAAAUGGUACCCGGUAUCUAAGACGAUGGCUGAGAAAGCAGCAUGGGAAUAUGCAGAAAAGCACAACUUGGAUGUGGUGACCAUCAACCCAUCCACAUGCCUUGGUCCCCUCUUGCAGCCUGGUCUCAAUGCUAGCUCUGCUGUCCUCCAACAGCUCUUGCAAGGGUCAAAAGACACUCAGGAGUAUCACUGGCUAGGCUGUGUGCAUGUGUGGGAUGUUGCUGCUGCUCAGAUCUUGCUCUUAGAGACACCCAAUGCAUCUGGGAGGUACCUAUGCACAAAUGGAAUAUAUCAAUUCAAGGACUUUGCCGAAACUGUUGCUAAGUUGUGCCCUGGGUACAAUGUGCAAAGUUUUACUGAAGAAACUCAACCGGGACUUGUGGCAUGCAAAGAUGCAGCAAAGAAGCUGAUUGAUCUCGGCCUGGUCUUCACACCAAUAGAAGAGGCAAUCAAAGACGCUGAGGCAAGCCUGAAAGCCAAAGGCUUCCUGGUUCAGCAUCAGCUACAAAUUUAAUAUAAGUCAUCUCUAUAUUAAGAUUGAUAUUCACUAUGUUUAUCCGCUAAUAAAUGUUGUAAAUGUCCAAUAAGUCCUUUUCUUUGUAAUAUUUUUUUUUCAUUAUGUCUCUAACCUUUAUGUAAGAUCUGGUACCUUCUCCAUAAAUUCUUUUUCACUAAACAGUGAAAUCCUUUUCUGUGCAAUGGAGAUAUAUUCCAUGUUUCAUA